CUGGAAGUGUAGGACGCCCGAAGGAAGACACUACGGAGCUGGACGUCUGACACUGCUUAUUGUACUACUGGGGCUGAGUCAAGUAUUGCGACUGGAUAACGCGAUCCGCCGUUCCGCCAACUGGUCAUGGCAACUCGUGAGCGCACACUGACUGAGAAAGCGGCGGGAUGGGUGGCGCCGUGACUCGAGGCGCAGUUUAUUUGUUCCUGUUAGAAUCUGAAGUUGCAUCGUUCCAUAUUCAGCGCCAGCAGCCAUGCACGACCCCUGAAGCAGAGAGCACAGUGCUAAUAGAUAGUGCAACAGAGCGAAGAAUAUGUACUGGCUCUGGACGAAUUUUGAUUGACUGGACCGGCGACGCCCAGCCGCAACACAUCAGGCAACGUGUCUCACGCGUUUUCCGCAGGUAUCUGUUAUUCUUGGAUCUCCACAAUCUCGUGCGGAUUGGACAUGUCAACAUGUAGGUUUUUGUCAUGGUGAAGAAAUUCCGAAAUAAUUGAUCAAUAGGGCACACCUCGCGUGAGAGUCGCAUUAGCAGCCAUUCCUGAGUCGCUGUUACUCC